GUACUCAGCAUGGUGCCUCCGCCCGCGGGUGCUGCUGAAGUACGAGCGUUCGAUGUUUCUUUGGUUGUUUUACUUUAGCGGUGCUUGGGAAGAGCAGAAAGCUCGCGUGGCCAGAGGAGUGAACUGUUGUAGGGUGUGUGGGUGAGCCGCAGUGGAUCCAGUUGGACCGACCCGCGAUGGGUGAGGUGGACGUGGCCCCUUGCAUGAGGGGGUCGGAGAGGGCAGGGGAGCCCCUCGCUGGAACAGGGCUGCCCUGGGGGCUGUCCCCAGCUCGGGGAGGCCAGGAAACAUCUGGGUUCUCGAUGGCAGCACUGCCACAAAAGCGCCGGUGCUGAGCCUCGGCUUGUGGCAGAGCGGUCGGGGUUGGAAGGAGCCUCUGGAGAUCGCUUAGGCCAAACCCUGCUGACACACCUCGAGCAGCUGACACAGAAACGCGUUCAGCCCCGGCGGCCAGCACAGCAAAUGAAGUGCGAGAACUGCAGCAAAAAGGAAUGCAGUAAAAAACAGAAAAAUGACGAUACGCAAAGUACAUCUGUUGAUGCAUUGAGUUCAAAUAAUGGCUCUGAAGAGAAAAAUGAGUUUGAUACAUUGGCUAAUGCUAAAAUACUCCUUAGCGACUGCCUAGCUUGUGACAGUUGCAUGACAUUGGAAGAAGGAACCAGAGUUUUCCAGCAGAAUCAGAAGGAGUUCUUUCGUAUUCUCAACCUUAAUAAGAAAUGUGAUACCUCAAAACACAAAAUACUGGCAGUGUCUCUAUGCCCUCAGUCAUUGCCUUAUUUUGCUGCUAAAUUCAAUUUCUCUGUGAAUGAAGCAGCCAAGAGACUCUGUGGUUUCCUCAAAAGUCUUGGGGUGCAUUAUGUAUUUGACACCACUAUAGCUGCAGAUUUCAGUAUCCUGGAGAGCCAGAGGGAAUUUGUGCAGCGGUACCAGCGGAGGAACCAGGAGGAACAUGCCUUACCAAUGUUUGCCUCUGCUUGCCCUGGCUGGAUCCGAUAUGCUGAAAGGGUUCUCACCAACCUGGUGACCUCCCACAUUUGCACUGCAAAGUCUCCACAGCAGAUCAUGGGCUCCCUAGUGAAGGGCUACUUUGCCAGGCAGCAGAACUUGUCUCCUGAUAAAAUUUUCCAUGUAGUCGUGGCACCUUGUUAUGACAAAAAGCUGGAAGCCUUGAGGGAAGAUUUCUACACUGCCUUGUAUAAUUCAGCAGAAGUUGAUUGUGUCCUGACAUCAGGUGAAAUUGUCCAAAUAAUGGAACAGAAAAAUGUGUCGAUGAAAGAUGUGACUGAAGUAGCUGUAGAUAGUUUGUUUGAUGGCUUAAAGGAGGGAGAUGUAGUAAGGCAUGACGGGAAGAGAUCUGAUGGUUACCUGGAGCACAUUUUUAAACACGCUGCAAAGGAGCUUUUUGGUGUGGAUGUCAAGGAGAUAACCUACAAAGCACUAAAGAACAAGGACUUUCAAGAAGUUACCCUUGAAAAGGAUGGGGAGACUGUGCUGCGUUUUGCAGCAGCUUAUGGCUUCAGAAAUAUCCAAAACAUGGUCCUGAAGUUGAAAAAAGGGAAGUUUUUCUACCAUUUUGUAGAAGUCCUUGCCUGCCCAGGAGGGUGCCUCAAUGGAAAGGGCCAGGCCCAGACUGAGGAUGGCAAACCAGACAAAGCCCUGCUUGCCCAGAUGGAAGAAGUGUACACUGCGAUUCCUGUCCGGCUGCCAGAAGCCAACCUGCACGUGCAGAGGAUGUACCAGGACUGGCUGGAGGGCAUGGACUCCAGGAAGGUCCAGGACACUUUGCACACCACGUACAGUGCAGUGAAUCAAAGCACCAGCAGCUUGGACAUCAAAUGGUAACUGCAGGGCUGGGCUGCAGGGCAGCACUGCACCCUCUGUGCACUCAGUGAGGCUCUGCCCAGCUGCCAUGGUUUUGGGAAGAACCAUUGCUUUGAAAACCAGACAAGUCUCCAAAAGCCCUGGUUCCUGCCACUGUCAUUUAACUUUUCUGUUUGUCAUUUCCUGCAUACAAUGGAGUUCUUCAUUCUAAAGCCUGAUCUUGCAAGGUACAUAAGCCCUUUCUGCCAGGGACAGGGAGUGUGAUUCCUCAUCAAGUUUCUCCCUGAAGUGAAGGGUUCACUGCACAAAAUGGGCUCCUCCAGGAGGGUGAGAUGAUUUUACUUCUAGGUCUGCAGUCCUGUCAUCGCAGGAAAACAGUCAACAGGAAUUUCAGUAUUGAUGCAGUUGGUGUAAAGUAACUUGGGAUUUACUUUCCUUGGCCCUUUUAGAGGACAAGUGAGUAUGUGGAGAGAUGUAAUGAAUUUCUACGAACCUUAUAUCCAUAAUUCAACAAAAAAUACUCAGUUCUAAACUAGCCACUAUUUCUUACAGACGUCGUGCCACAGAAUGCUUCACAGAAACUGAAUCUGGGAAGUUAAUGCUAAAUGGUUCAUUUAAAGUAGUUCCAAUAGGUUGGUUGGUACAAAAAGAGAACUUUCUUCCCAUGUAAGUUUUCUGACAAGCUUGCAGCCAGGAGUAGUGGUGCUGCUUGUUUUGGCUUCUCUCUGAGAGUGGAACAUGCCCAGAUUGUUCUUUCAUUUAUCUCCAUAUUGAAAGACUUCUGCAAAAAAUAACUUCCUGGGGUGCCUCUGAGAAAAAAUACUGAGCAAUGCUUGUGAGUUCAUCAGAGUUACGAUAUGCUGGCAUCGUGAUUUUUGAUGCAGUUAUUUUUAUAAAUAGGCCAUAGAAGUUCACUUAACAGACAUUGUGAAGUGGUACUGCUGUGCAGCUUGGCUGCAACUUCCGCAGUUGUCAGAGAGUUAUUCAAGAAUGUGAUAGACAAAAGAAAUUAGGACUCCUGCCAGAAUUCUUCAGAUUUUCCUGAUAGCAUCAGAUCUUUUCACAAUUAAUGGCUGUUUGAAGCUAGCAAAGUUCUAGCUUUCCUUAUGCAGCCUGAGUGUGGAUGGGCUUUUUUAACCAUUUCAUGCAGUUUCAAUCAAUCUUCUUGCAAAUUUCUUAGAUAUUACAACUGCUUGUAUGAGUAAGAAAUCCUGCAAAAACCUGUCAGUGUUUAAAAUGCACAUUCAACCUGGACACAGUGGAAUGGGAUGAAGCAUCAGGGGAGGCAGGGCAAGACCUGGCACUGGCUAGACCAGGGAGGCUGAAAAGGAGAGAGACAGCGAAGUGUCACCCUGCUGACAAGAAACAGCUCUCUUAAUGUGAAGCUGUUAAAAAACUGCAGCUUUCCAUUGGACCUCCACCUAAAUAACAAACCAUUGCACUUGGAUGUUUUCUUUCAAGUGCAAAUGAAUUUAUUUACUGCACUACCUAAAUGCCCACAAUGAGAUUAUGCCCAUGAAUUAUAUAAAUGAGCCUUUGCAAAUUGUUCCUUGUGAUAAGAAUCAUACUUAACGUGGUGCAAUAUCAGAACAUCUACAGAAAUCUACCUCUGUACAGGGAGUCCAGGAGUUGUGGGAAGAGCUGUGUGUAGCUGGAAGUGUAAUAGAUGUGUGCUGGAGAAAGGUGGGGGUGUUGUGUGGCAUUUCAAAACAGAUCACUUUCAGAAGCAACAUCCACCUCCUUCAGUCUGAUUUUCUUUAUCUGCCAUGAUUUCCUCCAAAAGCUCCACUAGAAUUGUAAUGUAAUAAAGUGGUCCUGUUCUGUUUGUAUAGGCCUGUUUCUCUGUAUAUAUGGUUUCUAGCUGGAUGCAUGUUUAAAUUAUAUCUCUGCUGCUCCUUGUACAGUGUGCUUAUUUUUUUUAUGUGCGUGUACUGGGUGAAAUGGUACAAAACCAGUUUGCUUUUCUGAGGAAAUCUUCAGUAAACUACAAAAGAGCUGCCUUGCUGUUCUGGAAGCAGAGCCCUGAACUGUUUUGGUGGCACUUUGGCCAGUGCUUUAUCUGGGGCACAUCUGUGGCACCAAUACUGUAUCAGCACUUUAUGGGACUCUGGGAUUACAGCUGCACCUCAAACUCUGCAAAAUGGAAGGAGGAAGUUGCCAGAUUGCUGUAGGAAAUGGUGAUUUGCGCCCUAGAAUUGUCAGUUAAUAUAUUGAUUCCUGGCAAGGCAGAAAAGCCCUGUGGCUUUAAAGCUCUUGUGCUGGGGAGGAUGAUGAUGGUGUGUGAAGCCAGCACGUGAGAGUGGCUGGCUGUGCUGAGGUUACUGGAUAGAGAAACUUAAAAACACAGGAAAAAAUCUUGUUUUGUGUGUGACCUGAUCCAACAGUUGAGGAAAGGAUGAAAAUCAGCCCUGACACAGAGAAGGGAUUUUUUUCAUCACUAAGUUGUAUGAAAAUUUAAUUAAUUCAGCAAACAUUUCCAUAUGUUUUCCUGAGCAGCUGGGCCUUGGACUUCUAAUAAAUAACAACUAGAUUUGAA